UCUAACGACGGUACUUGGCAGUUGCUGAGCGGGGCGUUACUGCUCUUUUCUAAGUCCAAACCCAGUAUUUUCUGCUUUCCAUCCAGAUUGCAGACGCCCUUUCUUGUUGAUUAAGAGAGUUGGGGAGUGGACAUUUGUUGCCCUCUCAAGUGGAUUAUCCCCGUAGAGUGACGAAAGGAGCUAUGGAGGUGAUAUAAUCAAGUCUUAGGUCAAUGUGUAGAAAUAAUUUUAUGUCUGAAUCAUUUAUUCACUCGGUGAAUUUGUGAAGUGCCUUCGGGUUGUCAAGCCCUAUUCUAGAUACUGGAGAUAGCAGCAAACCACACUGCCCAACCCUUAGAUUCCAGCGGUGCUAGUCAGACAAUAAACAAACACAUAGUGAGACACGUAGGGAGAAAAAUAAAGCAAGGCACAGCAGCUACACAGAAAAGAUGGGAGAGGAGGCCAACGAUGACAAGAAGCCAACAACUAAAUUUGAACUAGAGCGAGAAACAGAACUUCGCUUUGAGGUGGAGGCAUCUCAGUCAGUUCAGUUGGAGCUGCUGGCCGGCAUGGCAGAAAUCUUUGGCACAGAGCUGACCCGAAACAAGAAAUUCACCUUCGAUGCUGGUGCCAAGGUGGCUGUUUUCACUUGGCAUGGCUGUUCUUUACAGCUGAGUGGCCGCACCGAGGUGGCUUAUGUCUCCAAGGACACACCUAUGUUGCUUUAUCUCAACACUCACACAGCUUUGGAGCAGAUGAGGAGGCAGGCGGAGAAGGAAGAAGAGCGAGGCCCCCGGGUGAUGGUAGUGGGUCCCACUGAUGUGGGCAAGUCCACAGUGUGUCGUCUACUGCUCAACUACGCAGUGCGUUUGGGCCGCCGUCCCACUUAUGUGGAGCUGGAUGUGGGCCAGGGCUCCGUUUCCAUCCCUGGUACCAUGGGGGCCCUCUACAUUGAGCGGCCAGCAGAUGUUGAAGAGGGAUUCUCUAUCCAAGCCCCUUUGGUAUAUCAUUUUGGCUCCACGACUCCUGGCACCAACAUCAAGCUUUAUAAUAAGAUUACAUCUCGGUUAGCGGACGUGUUCAAUCAAAGGUGUGAAGUGAACCGAAGGGCCUCUGUGAGUGGCUGUGUCAUUAACACCUGUGGCUGGGUCAAGGGCUCUGGGUACCAGGCCCUGGUGCAUGCAGCCUCAGCCUUUGAGGUUGAUGUGGUAGUGGUUCUGGAUCAAGAACGACUGUACAAUGAACUAAAACGGGACCUGCCUCACUUUGUCCGCACUGUGCUGCUCCCUAAAUCGGGGGGUGUGGUUGAACGCUCCAAAGACUUCCGGCGGGAAUGUAGGGAUGAGCGUAUCCGUGAGUAUUUCUAUGGAUUCCGGGGCUGUUUCUAUCCCCAUGCCUUCAAUGUCAAAUUUUCAGAUGUGAAAAUCUACAAAGUUGGGGCACCCACCAUUCCAGACUCCUGUUUGCCUUUGGGCAUGUCUCAGGAGGACAAUCAGCUCAAGCUAGUACCUGUCACACCUGGCCGAGAUAUGGUGCACCACCUCCUGAGUGUUAGCACUGCUGAGGGCACAGAGGAGAACCUUUCCGAGACCAGUGUGGCUGGCUUCAUCGUGGUGACCAGUGUGGACCUGGAACAUCAGGUGUUUACUGUUCUCUCUCCAGCCCCUCGCCCACUUCCCAAGAACUUCCUUCUUAUCAUGGAUAUCCGGUUCAUGGAUCUUAAGUAGAGAUUGGCAGGAGCCUUGCUGCCUGGGCAUUAAAGAUCUUCUGGCCAUCACCAGAGGCAGAUAGGCUGAGGUAUGAGACUCUGUUGAGGCCACGCAGAGGAGUGAACUAGUAGAAAGCAUAUUGCUACCUCUUAAAACAGGUGGUGGAAAUCCGGCUCUUCUAAUCUUGAACCAAAAGGACAGCCAUGAAAAUAUAAUUGGUUUUUUUGGAUCACCGAAGGUGCCACUUUGAAUUCUCUGAGGUCCUGGAGAAUCCCAUUUCUUCCACAGUGCUACUUGGUGGACUGAUUUUUAGGAGGAUUUUUUUUUUUUUUUUUUUAACCAUUACUGCUUUAUAUUCUGUUAUAUAGCAUUUACUGUCUCAUCCAGGGUGAAAGAAUGAAUCCGAAAUCUUUGUAAUAAAGCUCAAAUGUGGAAAAUUUUAAUAAAUAUUUUUGCCAUAUCACA